AUGCAACAACAUAAUCAGUUACUUAUAACAAUAGCUAACAUCUUAGAUGAAAUAAUUAAAGAGACUGAUGCUCUAGAAAUAGAGUAAGAUUCAAUAUCUUAUUUUCAUGCAACUAAAGCACCAUCAAUUACUUUGUAUUAUUAUUUAUAAAGAAUUGCAAAAUACACUCAUUGUAGUGAAGAAUGCUUUGUCAUUUCUUUAAUUUACUUAGAUAGAUUAUAAGAGAAACAUCCUUAUCUAGUGCUUAAUUCAAAAUGCAUUCAUAGGUAUAGUUUUUAAUUUAUUAGAUUUUUAUUGAUUUCUCUUGUCAUUGCUAUUAAAUUUUAAGAUGAUGAUUAUUAUAAAAAUGAAUAUUAUGCAAAAGUAGGAGGAAUUAGCGUAAAAGAAAUUUUUGUUCUUGAGUAAACAUUUUUAGAACUAAUGGAUCAUUAAUUGUUUAUUGACGAACAUUACUAUUUUAUGUAUGAAAAGAAAUUACUUGAAUAUGGAGAAAUUGAAAUGCCUUGA